AUGUCCAGUCUGAAAGAUUCAAAGCCAAGCGAAACAAAAUGGAAACACUUUUUUGUGAUGGUUGUGAUGUCGACGUUUAUAUUUGCAGCUAUUUUCACUAUGAGACCUACCCUCGUCAUCCACCCCGUAGUGGCCAUGGGAGUCCUCCACAGAGCACAGUAUAUUCGCACUACCGUCAUUAAGGCUCUUCCGGAACACAUUCUAACAGAAGAAGAUAAGUUACAGUCUGAAAUCCUGAAAGAGAAAACAACAAACAACACAGCUUAUUCGGAAUAUAUAGUCCCAUUUUCAAACCAAACUGUGUGCCAAACUUUCCCAGACACAAAUGACUGGACAUUUCAGUGCGGUGUACCAUGCAACGAAGUGAAACUAACAGAUGUGACAACAACAAAAAUUGACGUCAUCAAAUCGUGUUCAAUGGUGGAAGAGGGUGUCACGUGGUCAAGGGUCGCAAACAAGACACUUUUUCAUGUACCAUAUCAAUCCCGGUGCCUAGAUAAUCUUUUAAAUGACUACUGCCAAACAUCCAAUGUCGUGCCAAACAUUGCUCAUUACAUAUGGUUUUCAAAAAGAGAAAUGAACUUCUAUCAUUUUUUAAGCUUCACAAGCGUGCUGAAACAUUUAAAGCCAUGUUUGAUAUUAGUCCAUGGCGAUGUUCCUUAUGGACUGUACUGGGAAUACAUCCUUACGAUUGCUAAUAAUAUAGUAAAUGUAAAGAUGGAACCACCUACCACUAUUUUUGGGAGAAAGAUCGGUCGCAUAGAACACCAGGCUGACGUGACUAGGCUUCUGGUCUUGCGAGAAUAUGGAGGAAUUUACAUAGACACUGACGAAAUCAUAUUACGAUCUAUGGAGGAUUUGAUGAAUUACACGUUCACCUUAAGCCACGCUGUAGACCACAAUUUAAGUAAUGGACUUAUAUUAUCGGCACCAAAUGCCACUUUUAUUUCUCAUUGGUUAGCCGGAUAUAGAACGUACACUAAAGCCCAGUGGGCGCAACACUCUACUAUUUUACCGUACAAACUGUCCUUAAAAUACCCUAAUCUCUUGCAUGUAGAAAACAAAACAUUUGUGAGACCAAAUUAUACACAGUUAAAGCUUUUAUUUCGAAAAAAUUUCAACUGGUCAAAGAAUUAUGCCAUUCAUUUGUAUAUUCGGUUCUACAAAAGAAUGCACACUUUUAUGGACGUGAGACGUUUGAAUACAACCAUGGGGUCUGUAGCGAGGUAUAUUUUGUAUGAUAAUAAAGAGCUUUGUUUAGAUGUAUAAUUAAGAUUCAAAAUUCUGUAUUUUCGAGGGUAUUAGCUUCAAUGUUUAUAAAGGAGUUGCAUGUAUAUCAAAGUGAUCUCAUUGUAUUGUCCUUUGACACUAAAACCAAAAUAAUUCGUUAUUUCGUUCUUUAAUUUAAGGUGGCUCAAUACUGCAAUAACAAUAGGAAUGAGUAGUAAUUAAUAUUCUAGGUAAAUCUAUGAAAAAAUACAAAGGUAUGCAGUUGUCAGUGUGUCGCUGUAGUUGUCAGUGUGUCACUCCUAAUACUAGUAUACAAAUGUACUGCAACCUGUAUAAAACACAAGGGUUUAAAUUGAAAAUAAUGACCCUCAUUUUUUAAAUUCAACAACCUGCUCAUUCUCAUUCUGAUAAAUAAAUUCAUUUCUUAACGACAAAAUUGAAACUAUAAUAAGUCUUAUUAUUAACAACUUGUAGCUUGUUGGAAACCUUGCAUCACACAUAGUCUCAGCAUUUACGGACGCAGUGUCUUUUUCAUGAUAAGAGGGUGUUGACUAUAUGUAAUUGUGUUUUCCAUUUUUUUGGCUUUGGGAAAUAAGCAGUCAUUUGUCAGAAUGCUACAUCCAAAAGCAUUUUCUUCUUCAAAAUAGAUGUGCUAUGUUUGUCACCUUUUAUUCUGUUGCAACAACAAAUUCCGUUGAUUUGAAAAUAAUCACAAAGCAAAGAAAAAAAUUUCCAUAUUGAAACAUCCCAUGUCUGCAUUGUUUUACUAGCCAAAUACCAAACAUGUCCAUUGUCUUUCGCACUUUCUAUCAGUUUGCACGAUAUCCAAUGUCACAAGUCAUGCCUACCUAUCAUGAAUACAGGGUGGAGCUCAUCUCGAGCUUCCGUUUAUGUCUUAAGCCCCGCCCUGCAUCUCUGAUACAAUAUAUAUAGGAAGCAAGCACUUAGAUAUUUCUUAAAAUUUUAUCUGAUGAAUCAAAAUAGAAUGAAAAUAUGGUAUAUACUUUGAAAAUUAUAAGGCAUACAUGUAUCCAGUUGUAACAUGAAAUCAGAAUACCAUGCGCCAUUGUGUAAUUUGUACGUGUAUUCUAUACUAUUUAUUUAUUUAAUGUAUUAUUCCACUCCUUUUGUUAUUGUUAUUAAUAUUAUUAUCAUUGAUGUAAUUAUUUGUUACUGCUGAUUAUCAUUCUAUGAAUUAAAACAAG